UACAAUUAGUAGUCACAAUUGUUUUGUAAAAUGAAUGUGUAAAUAGAGUAUCCUAAUUUAGUUCGAGGUAUUUUCAUAUCUAAAGUCACAGUUUAAGUGUAUGUUUCCAAGCUGAAUGCCACAAGACAUGUUAUUCCGCCACGCCAGCAGAGGGAGCACUCCUAUAGGAAAGGAGGAAAAUGGGAGGUGCUUGUUAGUACUUCCGUGUCUCAGUCAGGUCACACCCUGAGAUGACAACGCAAUCAAGCACUUUGUGUCUCGUUUUUAUUCCUAUAAAACAGGUCGGUAAAGUGUGAUAAUAUUAACACAUUUGUCUCCAAGCAAUUAUAAGCGUUUCUGAAAAUAGAAAUAUCGAAGUAUGUUGUUAAAAGUGUGUAUUUGUGAUGAAAUUUGUUAUGUUCAAUAAGCGAUGUCUCCCUUUGUGUGCGAGCGCGUGGUUGGGCGGGAAUGGCGGCGGCAGUGGAGACUUGUUAAAGAUAAACUGUGAUUGUUAAGAAGUAUUAUAGGUAUAGUCAGGUCACACCCUGAGAUGACAACGCAAUCAAGCACUUUGUGUCUCGUUUUUAUUCCUAUAAAACAGGACACACCACAUCGAACACUGGGACCAGGCUACUCAGUGCGAGGCCUGUAACAGAAUUCUGGAGGCACCGCUGGGAUCGGCAUCCGACAAAAGAAGAUGCUGAUCUCCUAAUCUACGAAUCCAAGGCAGACGUGACGGCAGAAGCAAGUUGAAGCAGUGUGCGACUGAGGCAGCAACAGGACCAACGCGUGUGAGAGGGACCUUCGCUGGAGGAGUGCAGCACCGCUUGCCCGAGACAACAAAGCUACAGUCUGUCGUUGAGUAACACAAUCAACAUGGGAGAACGUGUACGUAAAGAGCUGACGUGGGAGGUAAAGAAAAUACUCCACGAGUUGACAGCACAAGAACUUUUUGAAAUUAUUGAGGACAUCACACCGGUAUCAGAUGUUGAUUCUUCUGGGGUAAUUAAGGGUGAUGAAGAGAGUUGUUUUGACUAUAUAUGUACUUACUUAAAUUGUAGGACACUACUAGAGUCAGAAGACCAAGGUAUUUCAUGCUUGCUAUCUCUAAGAGAUACGAUUAAUGACAUCAGAGCCAGUCGUUUCGCCGAAGUCCGUCACGCUAAGCAAACAGAAAGUGUUAUCAUUAACCCACCACCCUUACAACUGACAACUAUGCAACAGGGACAGAGGGACAACAGUGAUGACACAUUGCCACAUGUUUCCGCUGAUUCACAAGCACUCGAGUACCAAAUAUUAAUGGCCAAUUAUGAGUCUUUGGGGAGAAAGAUAUCUGAAUAUGAAACACAGAAGACACGCACGUAUAACGCAACACAUAUGUACGACUCCACAAACAUGCCUACUUUAACUGAUACACGGCAAGCUCAUACCGCCAUGCACACACCCACCUCAGCUGGUACCCAAACACUACAUCAAGCCGCUUCUCACGCUCGCCCUAGUAGUAUGGUUCCUUUACGAGAAAUACCCCUACUUCAGCGUAGAGAAUUUAAAGUUCACGGGGGUCAGGUGGGGGACAGUGUGUCAGAUAUUAGCUACCAUGGACUUUGUAAACAGAUAGAUGAGGGGCUCAAAGCAAGUUACUCUGAAGGUGAAAUCAUCCAGGGCAUCUUCCGUAUUGUCAGACCCGGACAGUUCAAAGAUAUGCUAGUUAACAAGGAUGAUUUAACACUCUGUGAACUCAGAAGCUUUUUGCGCUCCCACUUAAGUGGAAAAAGUGGAAGUGAGUUGUUCCAGGAGUUAAUGAGCACCCGGCAGCUUGAGAGUGAAAGUCCCCAACAGUUCCUGUACAGGAUGAUUGGACUAAAACAAAAAGUGCUGUUUGCAUCUAGACAAGGUAAUAUGGACAUUGAGUAUGAACCUCGUACAGUGCAGAAUGUGUUUUUGCGCACUAUUCUCCAGGGUCUCCUACCCAAAUUUAGUGACAUUCGCACCGAACUUAAACCAAUGUUGUCCGACUAUGCUGUGUCAGAUGAAGCACUAAUUCGGCAUGUGAGCCAGGUGUGCAGUGAAGAGAGUGAGAGGCAGCGAAGACUUGCUCACGGAUCUCGUCAAAAGGUAACACAUGCUCACAGUGCCCAACUUGAGACUGAUAAGGACAUGGAAAAAACAUUACAGCAUAAGACAAAGAAUAAAAGCAAUGUGAUAGAGGAACUUAGUUCCAAAGUUGAUGCCCUGACAAAACUGGUUGAGUCUCUCACAGCUAACCAAAUGUUAGAACAACCCUGUAGAUGCACAAAUGCCAGACCAAGGCCAAGGCAAACAGCAAGACAAUAUAGCUGCCCCAAGUGUGCUGAAGAAGGCACAAGCCCAUGUCACCAUUGUUUUCUAUGUGGGGAGGUCGGGCACAGAGCUGUUGGCUGUCUCAAGAGGCCUCGUGUCCAGAGUGCUAACCAACCCCCUGCUGAUGUCCACACCAUAAUGAACAGCAGCCCCUGGAGCCCUACAGAGGUGAAGCCACCAGGGGAGAGACCGGCACAUGUAAGAAACAUUGGAAUGUCCUCUCUUCAGUCCAAAGAUACUGAGGUGCGUGAACAAGUAGCCCAGUUAGUAGGGAAGAAAUGCAGGGUCAAGUGCAACAUUAACAAUUUUACAGUUGAAUGUUUGCUUGACACAGGUGCUCAAGUGAGUCUUCUUGAUCGUAAGUGGGUAAAAACUUACCUUCCCGACCAUAAGCCACGCCCAUUAGCAGAUCUCAUAGGGCGUAAACCUCUAAGUGUGCUCGCAGUGAAUGGUGAGCCCUUGCCGUAUGACGGUUGGGUGGGAGUGAAUGUGAGUCUCCCUGAUAAUAGCGACCCAAACCUAUCAAUACAGGUACCCUUCUUAGUAAGUAGUGUGCCCAUGGACCGCCCCCUUAUUGGUUUUAACGUAAUUGAAUGCUUGAUAAUGGGACCGAAGGGUGAGUCUGACUUCAUAUCAGCCCUUGUGACCCUCCUACGUGGAGCCUUAAGCAUUGAGAAUGACAAAGCAAUAGCACUUGUCAGUCUGAUUCAGACACAUGCCUCUCAUGAUAGUGAUGUCAGACAUGGUAUGCUUAAAGUGGGAUUUCAUGAUGUUGUUAUUCCAGCCGGUGCGGUUAGACAAGUAAAGUGCAGGAUUCCACCUAUGUUUGACACAUCAAACCCCCUGGUGCUCUUUGAACCCAAUGAAAAUAACCCACAGUUACAGCAGCUUGAUGUCGGUGACAGUCUCUUGGAGAUCAACCACGCAAAAGUACCCUGCUUGAGAAUCCCCAUAGGCAACCACAACAAGCAUGAGGUCACAUUAUCCUGUAAAACAAUAUUAGGCAGCAUUGAGCCUGUUGUCAAGAUAGUAUCAACUGACGAACCACAGCUGACUGAAACAAAAGUUCCUUUUGAGUCCCCAAAUGCUGUGUCUCAAAACACCAAACAGGAUACAAGAUCUUGUGUGGUGGAGCCAUGGGACCCACCUGUAAACAUUGACCACCUGACAGAGGAACAACAGGAAAUAGCCAAACAACUCUUGCAAGAGGAGGCAGGAGCAUUUGCUCGAGAUGACAAUGACAUGGGGUGUAUCAAAAGUUUAGAAAUGUCGAUUGCACUUAAAGACAAUACCCCUGUUCAAAAAUCUUAUGCAUCCAUUCCGAAACCCUUGUACAAGGAGGUCAAGGAGUAUAUUGAGGAUCUCCUUGCUAAAGGAUGGAUUGUUAAGUCUAAAUCCCCCUACUCCGCACCAGUCAUUUGCGUGCGUAAAAAGGAUGGGACACUUAGACUAUGUAUUGACUAUCGCCUUCUGAACCAUCGCACAGUCCCUGACCGCCAUCCCCUUCCCAGGAUCCAAGAUCUCACAGACACCCUGGGGGGGUAUACUUGGUUCUCCAUCUUAGAUCAGGGAAAGGCAUACCAUCAAGGGUUUAUUGCAGAAGGUUCACGUCAUCUGACCGCCUUUAUCACCCCAUGGGGUCUAUUUGAGUGGGUACGCAUACCAUUCGGCCUGACAAAUGCGCCAGCCGCAUUUCAGCGCAGUAUGGAGGAAAUGCUUGCACCCCUGAGGGAUGAGUGUUGCAUCCCGUACCUGGAUGACAUAUUGUGUUUUGCAAAGACCUUUGAAGAUCACAUUGAAGUGCUCAGGAAAGUUUUGAGAGCCCUGCAGACGCAUGGAGUGAAACUCAGGCCCACAAAAUGUGACCUUUUUAAAAAUGAAGUGCGGUACGUCGGUCGCUUGGUGUCAGCCGAAGGCGUGCGCAUUGACCCCAAAGACUUGGAAGCUGUGUAUGCCUUGAAGAAUGACCCUCCGACUACAAUCGGAGAUGUAAGAAGGAUUGUAGGCUUUUUGAGCUACUACAGGUCCUAUAUACAGGAUUUCUCCAGAAUGGCAAGCCCUAUUUAUGAACUCCUCCAACCAGGGAGAAGUUUGAGACAACCAUUGCUGAAUAGAUCAGGGGCUCAAAAAGGAAAAGGUGCUCAAUUGCCAUCCAAAACCCCAAUUGAAUGGACCAGGACGCAUCAAGAAGCCUUAUGCAAGCUGAUUGACCAGUUGGUAGAGCCACCUGUGCUGGCAUAUCCUGAUUUUGAACUGCCUUACAUAGUCCACACAGACGCUUCUGACAAGGGACUUGGAGCGGUUCUUUAUCAGAGACAGAAUGGAAUGCUCAGAGUGGUUGCGUAUGGAUCAAGGACUCUCACACCAGCUGAGAAAAACUACAGACUACACUCAGGCAAGUUAGAAUUCCUCGCCCUCAAAUGGUCAGUAUGCGAAAAGUUUAGGGAUUAUUUGUAUUAUGCCCCACACUUUACUAUCUACACUGACAAUAACCCUUUAACUUAUGUCAUGAGCACUGCUAAAUUAAAUGCAGUUGGCCACAGGUGGGUGGGUGAACUGUCAGAUUUUAGAUUUGAUAUACGGUACAGACCAGGCAAAAUAAAUGUUGACGCUGAUACACUCUCACGUUGCCCCCUAGAUAUCAACAAAUAUGUCAGUGAGUGUACACAGGAAUUGACCAGGGAAGUUGUUACCACGACAUGGGGAGGGUGCAGAGCAGGCGAAAGGGGAGAUGUAGCCUGGAUAGCUGCUUUGGCUCUGGCCCAGGGUGACCAGCUUGAACCCAAGACCAAAGAAACAUUGACACCAUUUAGUCUCACUGAACUCCAACAGGCCCAGCAAAAGGACCCAGUGAUUGGAAAUAUUCUACGACUGAAAGAGUCAAAUGCAACACUAACUGACAGCAUGAAGCAAAGUCAGCAAGGGUUAGGCAGAAAAGUAAUGCAUGAGUGGACAAGGCUGCACAUCGAAGAUGGAAUCCUCUAUCGUAGAGUCGCAGAGCGACGUCAACUAGUUUUACCUGCUAGUCUCAAAGCAUUGGUUCUCAAGCACUUACAUGACGACAUGGGUCACCAACUGAGCGGAGUGGGACAUUCCCGGACGACCCCAUACCACCCUCAGGGUAAUCCGGCCGAGCGCUUUAACCGCACAGUGCUGCAAAUGUUGCGAACCCUGAGUGAGGAGAAGAAGGAAAAGUGGAAAGAUUACAUACCCCAGAUUGUCAGUGCAUACAACAGCACACGUCAUGAAGCAACUGGUUACUCACCUUUCUUCUUGCUUUUCGGGCGUCAUCCACGAUUGCCGAUAGACCUGCUCCUCAGGAUGACUCACCAGGAGGAACCGCAGACAACCAAAAGGUAUGCCGAGAAAUGGGCAAAACGCAUGACCGAAGCUUACAGGAUAGCUUCAGAAAACAGCAAAAAGUCAAGUGCCCGCGGUAAGAAGUACUACGACAAGCAUGCGAAAGGAGUAGUGUUGCAACCGGGAGAUCGAGUGCUGGUACGCAACCUAAGUGAAAGAGGUGGCCCUGGAAAGUUAAGGUCCUAUUGGGAAAACAGCACUUAUGUUGUGAAAGACCAGGUUGGUGACAAUCCCGUGUACAGGGUAGUUUCGGAAAAAGAUGGCAGCAAGUCACGCGUUUUGCAUCGUAAUUUAUUGCAUCUUAUUAAUGACCUACCUGUCAACCUACCAGUAGAGGAAGAGAGAGGAAAGAAGGUACCAGAAAGGAGACCAAGAACAACUCACAUAAAUAUUCCACCUGAUUCAAACAGUGACACAGGCUCUGAUGAUGAUGGCAGUUCUAGCUAUUAUGAGCUAAGAUAUAACUUUUGUACAGAAGACAGACCAGACGUGGAACCCUCCUUGGUCCCCAAAAUUCAAUCAGGCCCGCUGGAGCUCAGCCAAAUCGCCAACCAAGGACCAACUUUGAGGAAAAGAGACUCAGCAAAUAGGAGACAUGCACCCAUGAAUGGGACAGAAGGACCAGGAAAGAGAGAUCAUUUACGGGACAAUGAUGAACAUAUUUUGGAGGACAUCAGUGAUGGGGAUAUAGAGGGAUAUGAGGGAACUAAAGGAUAUGAACCCAGAAAUCUACCUGUCAUGGAAGAGGGAUGUGAACGAGAGCAGUCUUUUUCGCAAGACGAACAAGCGCAACUGAGCCCCACUCCUGACGCUGAGGUACCACCCCCAAGAAGGACACACCACAUCGAACACUGGGACCAGGCUACUCAGUGCGAGGCCUGUAACACAACAACCAAUCCUCCGUCCACAGCACUCGGAGUGUGGGCUCAGAGCGCAGCGAGUGUAACUGUCACACAGCGGCCACUCGCCCUUCCUUCUGUGUCACUGGUCUGA